AUGCCGACAUUCAACUCCAAGACCUAUGUCCGCCCAGGCCAUCGACCACCGGCCUCCGUCCGCCUCAAUAAACGCAUUUCACGCCAUCCAGUCGCCUUAUUCGGUGUUCCCUUCGUCUUGACAAUCCUGGGUGGUGCCUAUGUCCUUACUUCAUCACAGCAAGUUCGGUAUGAGCGCAAAGACAGCAAAGUGAAGCUUGUGUCUGAGGAAGAAGCCUUAGGUCUUGAACAUGGCAGACGGAAAGUCAGCGCAAAAGAUGAAUGGUACAGAUUACAAGCAAAAGGACUGGAUGACUUGGAUGAUUGGGAGAAUAAGCGUGUCGAGAGACUUCCUCAUGAGGCGGACAAUGUCCUUGCUGUGCAGGGUAAAUGA